AUGUUCAGAUCUGUAUUCUCUGCUUUUAUUCUCAGCGCUUGCAUUGGUGCAUGUGUCAAUGCUAAAACGCCAUUUGUUGAUAAAGAAAUCAAAUACCGGAAGGAGAAUGGAUUCUAUUCUCACCUCGACCCCGAGAAAUUUGUCGUCGCUGCUGUCAGCGCGCAGUCCAAUGAGAACUCGGAUGGUGGACUUUUCCAAAGUAAUUGGGACAUCAAUUAUACGACGGACAAGGCCGUAAGUAUCAUCAAGCAGGCAGCCGAGGAUGGCGUGGGCCUUUUGACCUUUCCAGAGGUCUGGUUUCCAGGAUAUCCAUUUGGCCUGACAGCCAAUCCCUCGCUUACGACCAAGUACAUCAAUAACUCGCUGGUUGAAGAUGAUGCCAAUUGGAAGAAGCUUGUGGCUGCUGUUAAGGCCACCGGUAUCUACCUCGCUUUCGGCUUUUCAGAGCGCCAGGAUGAUUAUCUCUACAUGGCUCAGGCUCUGUUUUCACCUGAUGGUGAGAAGCUCAUUCACCGACACAAGCUCCGGCCUUCUGGAGGUGAAAGAAACUUGUGGAGUGAUGGUCUCCUGCACAGUUUCAAGGUUGUUGACACCCCCUAUGGUCGUAUGGGAAUGCUUGAAUGCUGGGAGCACUUCCACCCGUCCAUGACUUUCCCCAUGCAAGCUCAGCUGGAGGAUAUCCACAUCGGAGCUUUCCCCUACUUGAGCGAUCUUCAAGCCGUGGACAACAAAACUGAUUUGAGUGUUGUCGACUCUACGAGUGUCAACAUUGCUUCACUACGAGUCUACUCAGCUACGAGCCAGGUCCACAGUGUCUCUGCUGCGAUCAAUGGCGAGUUCAGUUAUGGCAUCCUCAGCGAGCUGUAUCAGUCAUACCCGUCUUACAUCCCCAAGCAGACUGGUACCUUUGUUUUGCACAAAAACAACACAAUCCAACAGCUUGAAGAGUAUGCUGCUAGCAACACCAGCUUCUUCUCUCCCGAGCCCAAUUAUCCCCCGACUAAGAACUCUGUUUACUACGUUCCGCCCAACUAG